CAUCAGUGUUUGUCACAGUAGCGCGGUGAUCGCACACGCAUUGGCCCGUUCUGCCGAGCUACCGCGCCCCACAGCACAAUGGAGGUCGCUGCGACCGUGAUAGCGACGGAGCGGAGCGCAGGUCAACGCGACCAGACGGAACUGCCGAGCGCCGACCCCUCGGCCAUCCGACGGCACCCGGACACCGAGGAGGCGCCUCCUCGGGAUGAGGAACAGGCCGACUCCAGCCGGCGCGGCACCUGGGGCUCCCAGCUGGAGUUCCUGCUGUCCUGUCUGUCGUACGCGGUCGGUUUGGGAAACAUCUGGCGGUUCCCCUACCUCUGCUACCAGAACGGAGGCGGUGCGUUCCUGAUACCGUAUGUGAUAAUGCUGUUCUGCACGGGCGUGCCGCUGUUCUUUUUCGAGCUGACGCUGGGUCAGUUCACCAGCCGCGGCCCUAUAGCCGUCUGGAGUGUGUGCCCGCUUUUUCAAGGCAUUGGCUACGCAAUGUUUUUCAUUUCAUUGUUCAUCGGUAUCUACUACAAUUUGAUCUUGGCGUGGACCAUCUUCUACCUCUACUCCAGUUUCACAGACAGUCUGCAAUGGACGAGCUGCGACAACUGGUGGAACACAGAAGGCUGUCGGCGGUUUGACGAUAAGAACUGUACGUCUGUCGGCGGCCUCCUGAACGCCACGGGUGACUGUGUGCUGUCCCAUCACGUGGACGACGCCACGUGGCAGCUGCUGAACACGACCGCCAGCCAGCGGAGGAUGCCCGCUGACGAGUUCUUCCAUAAUUUUAUGCUGGGCAUCACGGAUGGCAUCCAUGAUAUUGGGAGCGUCCAGUGGCCGCUGGUCGCGUGCCUUCUGGUCGCCUGGACGCUCGUCUUCCUGGCGCUCCUGAAGGGCGUGAAGAGCUUUGGAAAAGCUGUGUACUUUACUGCCACGUUUCCGUACCUGAUUCUGCUGUGUCUGCUGGUUCGUGCCGCCACUUUGCCGGGAUACAUGGCAGGGAUCUCAUUUUAUGUCACACCGCGCUGGGAGAAAUUGGCGCACGCCAAGGUUUGGGCGGACGCGGCGAUACAAAUUUUCUUUUCGCUCUCACCGUGUUGGGGUGGUCUGAUUACACUGGCGUCGUACAACAAAUUCCACAACAACCACUUCAAGGACGCCAUCAUCAUAUCGUGCGGCAACUGCUUGACAAGCUUCUUCGCCGGGUUCGUGAUCUUCGGCAUCGUGGGCUUCAUGGCACACGAGCUCGGUGUCGAGGUGGACGAGGUCGUGGCCCAAGGGCCCGGCCUGGCGUUCAUAGCCUACCCGGAGGCGGUGUCUCGGCUGCCCGUGUCCCCGCUCUGGUCGGUUCUCUUCUUCUCGAUGCUGCUGACACUGGGACUGGGCACCCAGUUCACACUGCUCGAGACUGUGGUCAGCACCGUGAUCGAUCUCGCCCCGGACCAGCUCAGGAAACGGCACACAUGGGUACUGUUCGGAUGUUCCGUGUUCAUGUUCUGCUGCGGCCUUCCAAUGUGCACCAGAGGCGGGCUAUACAUUCUUACGCUGAUGGACAACUACGCCGGCACGUUUUCUGCUCUGAUCGUGGGCAUGACGGAGGUGCUGGUGGUGGCGCACAUCUACGGCGCGGACCGUCUGCUGGACAACAUCCGCACCAUGAUCGGCCACUACCCGUUCCACUACAGCUGGUGGAAGUGGGCCUGGAAGGUCGUCUCGCCCACCAUCGUCACAGCGCUGUUAUUGUUUUCGUGGAUAGACCACAAGCCGAUCCAGUACGGCGACUACGAGUUUCCGCUGUGGGCCACCGGCGUGGGCUGGCUCAUCUCACUGACGUCAGUCGCCAUGAUUCCGCUGGUGGCCGUCAUCAAACUGGCCAGGAUGGACGCUCGACUCACCCUAAAACAGAGACUGCAGCGACUGACACGACCUGACGAGACGUGGGGACCUGCGCUGGACAAGCACCGCAUAGAGGCCAAAAUGUCCGUCAGACGGGCCUCAGAAAUAGCUGGAGGCCGGUUAGAGGAUGUGGAGCUGAACUAGUCGCCCUGAAGCGCUGAUCGAAACUGUCAGACGCCGGUGCAUCGCCGGGAGAGCACCCAGCACAGCCCUGAUGCGCUGCCACCUGCCAAUUGCCAUUACUAUCUGCUGAGAUCUGGCUGUGCUCCGUAAUGUUUUCCGAAUUCAUUUAGACGAAACUCGAGUGAAGUAGGUCGUAGGACUUUGCAUGGUUGUCUCGUUUUACAGACAAAUGCCGGACGUAGCUUGUGGGAAGUGCUAUUAUGCGUAGUCAUUUGAUGUUUGUUAUGGCUGAGUCUGUUAAGCAAAAUAUAAAAACAAGAUCACAACCCGGCCCGA